AUGAGCGAAGCGUGGGUGACACUUGCAACCAACGACGACUACGCACAAGGUGCUCUGGUGGUUGCGCAUUCUCUGCGAACCGUCGGCACGACCCGCAAGACUCACUGUCUCAUCACCAACCAGGUUGCCAGCUGUCUCGUUUUUCCAGCUCAUUUCGACUUCAGGUCUCUGAGCCGGUUCGCAAAGAGCUCGAAAAUCACUUCGAUGAUGUCACUAUCGUUGACGUCUUCAACAGCCGUGACGCCGUUCGUUUUUUUUUUGAAGAUAUUGGAAAAAAACGCAUUUGUCAGAUCAAAUAACCUAAAUAUUUGAUGUUUCUUGAAGAUUCCUCUUCAAAUUUUCAAAAAGAAAAGGAUUUCUUAAGAACUUUCACGGGUAAUUAGAAAUUUAGGAAGGUUCCUACUUCCUGGAUUCUAUCCAUACUUCCAAAAACUGUUCAACCAACAUUUAAAAACUUGUAAAGUCGCAAUCUCCCUAGUAAAAAAUAUUUACAGAGUAUGAAGGAUAAAGAAUUGAAAAAGUACCGCCAAACAGUAGCGCUUAGAUGUACUCGGGAAUCGGAAAUUUUUUUUUGUAGGAAAACCUGGCCUUGCUCGGACGUCCCGACCUCGGCGUCACCUUCACAAAACUGCACUGCUGGCGACUUGCUCAAUACACCAAGGCCGUUUUUCUUGAUGCUGACACCUUGGUAAUUUUCCCAUUUGGUUUCAUGGUCGAAGUUUCCAUUUUUCCAGGUGAUUCAAAACUGCGAUGAGCUGUUCGAAAGACCCGAUUUCUCUGCAGCUGCUGACAUUGGAUGGCCCGAUUGCUUUAACUCUGGCGUUUUCGUUUUUACUCCAAACCGCGACACCUACCGUAAGUUUUUAAGAACAGUCUUCGGAAUUAGAUGAAAAACGAUUUUUUUAGGAAAGUUGGUUGCAUUCGCUACGACUCACGGAUCUUUCGAUGGAGGUGAUCAAGGUAUUCUCAACGAGUUUUUCUCCAACUGGCGUGACCUUCCGUCCGUUCACCGCUUGCCGUUCAUCUACAACAUGACUGCCGGCGCUUUCUACACUUAUGCUUCUGCUUACAAACGGUCCGUUCUUUUGAUGAUUUCAAGAAUGACUUUUAUUUCCGAUCUCACAACAAAAGUGAGGUUCAAUUUGCGGAGAAAAAUAUUCAGGAAAUUGGGUUAAAAGUUUCAGCUACGGUAGCGGCACAAAGAUUGUCCAUUUCAUUGGAGCACAAAAGCCAUGGCACGGAUCAGCUGCUCUUCAUACGGGCGAACAUUACAGGCUGUGGUCAAAUCUUUACAGUACUCACGUAGCCAAUACGGUUUGUUUUUGAAAUUCCGAAACUCCUGGCGUGAAUAAAACUUGAUGGAGAGCAUUUUGCAUGAGCUAUACGUUUUAUGUUGCAUGAACGAAUUGAAAUGCAUGGCUUUGUGAAAUCACUAGAUAGUUUUGAGGCUUCCAACCUCCCCACUGACAUUGUUCUAGAACUCACCAACCUUUUUAAGGCAAAAUCAGCAAAGAAAAGUGCGAAACCUCACGGGGAAAAAGCAAAAAAGAGCCGUCUUCCUCUUCGGAAAGACUCUUCUUCUGGAGGAUUGCUGUCUGUAGUGGUAGACGCUGUGCAUGCCACUUUUUUGCCAAAUCCUCUCGACGCCGCCGUUCUCAAAGCCGUGUCAAACGAAGACCCAAACACUUCUCAACAAGAGCCUCACCCUCAAUUCGACGAUGAAGAAGACUCGGAAGAACUUGACGUGCAUGAUCAGACUAAUUCUGCCGAAGAGGAUAGCGAUUCGGUAGGAUUUUGUAGUAGAAUGGUGUAGAUUGCGUAGUGGCUUCAAUCUUCAAAUUGAAAGAUAAUAUAUUAGAUAGAGUCAAAAACGGAUAGAUUCGAUAGGAAGGGUUCUUAAAAACGAAUAACAGUUCUUGAAUUCUAACUUUCCUGAAUCGACGAAAUUUAAUUUCUUUUUUGCGUUCAUAACUUCACAAAGACUAUCAUUCAUUUCAUGACUUUUUCCCAAAAAUGCAUGCACUCACAAAUUCUUCUUUGAACUUCAACUAACUCUUUGUUAAACUAACAACUUGCUGUGAACUGUAACUUACAGAGUAAAAGUGGAGCAUGCCACGUCUACGAUAGUCCCAGUCCCGUGUCCGACUCUCAAAAAGAACAGGUUGAUUUCCCAUUCAGUUCUAUCAACUUGAAACUAAAACAUGCAGGACGCGGCUCCUUCAAUCGACGAACGGCGUGAGGCCUGGGAGUCUGGAAAUCCCGAUUAUUUGGGCCGCGACGCCUUCAAAAACAUCAAGGCCGCUCUCGAUGAAGCUCUGCGUCAGUAA